CGGGGCCCGGGAGGGGCGGAGGCUGGGGCAGACGCCUCGCCGCCGCUGCCUCGGCGAAUAGCAGUGCGCUGUCCGCCCGGAUUGGAGCAGCAGCAUCACGCUGACCUCUGCCUGGGAUGUAAACCGGGGCGGCCACAGCGGGCAGAGGAAGGCUCUCGGCUCCUUCGGGAAAGCCAGCUCCAGCACCGGGAUCCGAGCGGUGCGCAGGGAGCCGCGUCAGCCUCGACCUGGGCAGCGCCCAGCGGAGGCUGCGGGAAGCGGAGGGAGCCCGGCGCGGGCGGGGAGCGUGCGUCCGUUCGCACAGGCAGCGGGAGGAGGGGCGGCGCGAGCCAUGGCUGGGGACAGCGAGCAGACCCUGCAGAACCACCAGCAGCCCAACGGCGGCGAGCCCUUCCUGAUCGGCGUUAGCGGGGGCACGGCCAGCGGCAAGUCUUCCGUUUGUGCUAAGAUUGUGCAGCUCCUGGGACAGAAUGAGGUGGAUUAUCGCCAGAAGCAGGUGGUCAUCCUGAGCCAGGAUAGCUUCUACCGUGUCCUCACUUCAGAGCAGAAGGCCAAAGCCUUGAAGGGCCAGUUCAAUUUUGAUCACCCGGAUGCCUUUGACAAUGAACUCAUCUUCAAGACACUCAAAGAAAUCACCGAAGGGAAAACAGUCCAGAUUCCUGUGUAUGACUUUGUCUCCCAUUCCCGGAAGGAGGAGACGGUUACUGUCUACCCCGCAGAUGUGGUGCUCUUCGAAGGGAUCCUGGCCUUCUACUCCCAGGAAGUGCGAGACCUGUUCCAGAUGAAGCUUUUCGUGGACACAGAUGCGGACACCCGGCUCUCCCGCAGAGUAUUAAGGGACAUCAGCGAAAGAGGGAGGGACCUUGAGCAGAUUUUAUCUCAGUACAUUACAUUCGUCAAGCCUGCCUUUGAGGAAUUCUGCUUGCCAACAAAGAAAUACGCUGAUGUGAUCAUUCCUAGAGGUGCAGAUAAUCUAGUGGCCAUCAACCUCAUCGUGCAGCACAUCCAGGACAUCCUGAACGGAGGGCUCUCCAAACGGCAGACCAACGGCUAUCUCAAUGGCUAUACCCCUUCACGCAAGAGGCAGGCCUCGGAGUCCAGCAGCCGGCCGCACUGACCCCCGUCUCCUCAGACCCUGGCCCCGAUCUCCAAGGGACAGGAGGAGGGGGCAGAGGCACUGUGCAUCUAUACAUAUGGUUUCCUAUGACAUUGCUGUAUUUAAGAAAACACCAUGGAGAUGAAAUGCCUUUUUUUUUUUUUUUUUUUUUUUUUGGUACUUCGGAGCAGAGAAAUGAAACAGAACUUGACCCUGAGCUUAAAUGACAAACUGUGCCAACUACUACUGGUGAUGCCUAAUUAUGACUUCAACGUGUAACCAGUUAUAAAUACAUACAUAUAUAUAUAUAUAGAAAAGGAUCUAUUUUUGUGUAAAUGUACAAAUACUGUACAGCUGUUUGCCGUAAGUAUUCUGCAGGAGGGCCUGUACUUGAGUGUGUUUUGGGGGCUGGAGCUGGAGUUUCACCAAAGGGAAGUUGCCUGGUGGGUUCCAGGUGGGGCAGGCUCAGGCGUCUGGGAGGGAGGCUCACGGCUCGCGGCUCUCGGUGUCCGUGGGUCUCGUUGGAAGUGGAGUUUGGAACUUUUGAUUGCUUCCCCUGCCAGAUGCCACCUUCCUGGUGCUGGAGCUUCAGGAUAAUGUUAAUGAGAGAUCCUCUUUUCUUUUUUUUUCUUUUUUUUUUGAGUUGAAAUUAGGCAAGACCUCAACUCAAAACUCAAACUCAGGGAAGGGGCCCACUGAGGGGAACGAGUCUUCUGCGUUUUCUUCUUGCCCCUGCCCACCUCUGGCUGCUCGGGUAGCUCCACACUUCCUUCCUUACUCACCCGCUUCUCAGUCUCUCGGAAAGCCAGAGCUGCCUCGCUCUCCUUCCCUGGUGGGGAUGUGACGGGGUCGCUUCCUGACUGAGUGGGGAAGGAGGGAGUGGGACUAUGCCUGUCGUAUCGUCUGAGAUGCUGGUGCCUCCCAGGGAAGUCACCCAUGAGAUUCCUUGGGCUGUCCCCCAAGCUGUGGAGUGCACACUGGACCCUUGCAGUCUGGGCUUCGGUUGAGGGCCUCUGCUGGCAGCCUGCCCCUCACAGGGUGGCAAGAGAGCUCUGCCGUGUAGGGAGCCUGUAGCUUUUGUUCCCCGAGGCGUGGGGAUUUGCAGCGAGGUGAGGAUAACGGGGACCGUCACUGGCAGCAUCACAGUCACAUUGAUUGACUUAUUUACCACGCUGCCGCGUCACGUGGCAGCUGCCGGAAACGAGGGGUGGGGAAGGGGAGUGGCGUGUUUUUUUGGUUUGUUUUUGUCUUUUUGCGGUACGCGGGCCUCUCACUGUUGUGGCCUCUCCCGUUGCGGAGCAACAGGCUCCAGACGCGCAGGCUCAGCGGCCAUGGCUCACGGGCACGGCCGCUCCGCGGCAUGUGGGAUCUUCCCGGACCGGGGCACGAACCCGUGUCCCCCGCAUUGCAGGCGGACUCUCAACCACUGCGCCACCAGGGAAGCCUGGGAGUGGCGUUUUUAAGUCACAAGUUGGAGUCUUGGGCUGAAAACAUUUGGGGUGGAGAAUUCCAGCUUUUCCGAGGGCUCCCUCUUGGUGAAAACUUCCUUCUUUGCAAGAAGUACGGAUUCCUGAAGAUUUCCUGGUGGGGAGGGGUGGAGGAAGCAGGGGACCAAGCGAGAAGGAGGAGGUGUAAUUAUAGAGGCCUGAAACGUCACCUUUUAACUGCAGAAGAGGCAGAAGCUUUUCACCUCAGUGUGUUCCAUCUCAGUGCUCGGUAGGCUAUGCCCUUAGUUAUUCCCUUGUGACUGCCACAGCCUGAAACAUUUUGGUGAACGCUUCUCCUUCCAUUGCUUUCAUAGCCCCUUGAGCCAUUCAGAUAAACUGAUGCCGUUAACUCUAGUCACACGGGAGCAAGCGGCCAUGCAGUUUGCCUCCCCUUUUCUGGACUCCACUUGACUCUAACUCCGUUGGGCUGUGUCAAAAAGUCCAACCUAAUCCCCAGCAGGGCUUUGCCACCCCCGAGACCUUCAGGAGACUGUGCUGCAGGCCCUGAGGGAGCCCCCCCAAGGGCAGCAGCUGCCUGGUUGGAGAAGGGGAGGGUCCCGAGGUACCUGCUCUGAAGACCGGUACCUGGCGGGAUGGCCAAGUUCUGGAGUGCGUGUUUCCGAGUCAGUAUUGAUUAUCUUUCCAGUCAUGCCUUGUGCGGUUCUGAGAUGAAGGGUAGAUGGCAGGAUCCUGAGGACCCAGGGGUCUCCUGCCUUGCUGGGUGGGGCCUGUCUGUGCUCAGGGGAAGCCCGUCCCUGUCUGGGAGAGCCUCGGCCCUUCGGUGGUAGCACGGUCAACUUUACUUGAAGCUCCCAGGUGCCAAACCAUUCAGUGCCUUGGCUGUCUAUCCCACUGCCUUGGAAGACGGAUUCUUCUCAUCUCUGAGCCUUGAGUUACUUAGCCGCUUCCUCAUCUACUCCUGGUGUUGGGACCAAGCCUCCAGUGUCUCCGAAUAGCCCUGUCCUCGCUGGAAGCAGCUCUAGGGCUGCCCUGCCUCUGGGUAAAACCGUCACCAAUUCUUGGUGUCUCGGUUGGGGGCUCACUGGGCCGUGCUGACGACUCCUCUGGUUCUGUGACAUAGUACGUCUGGGGCCAGGAGGGGACGGGAAGCUCUGCCUUGGUGUGGUGACCCCAGCGUUUAGCCAACUGAGUACCUGAAUUUGAGCUUUCUAUGUGGCCAAUCCCGGACUUGGUAUUUUAAGAGUCACUGGAUCUCUGAUUCCAUUGGAGAGUCAGGUAGAGCCAUUAGGCCAGACAUCAUGACAUGAGUCACCUGGGUGCCCUUUGCUGUCCAGGGAGGCGACACGGAUGAGCAGAGUGGGGCGAUUGAUGUUGGUCGUGUGUACGUGGGAGUCUCUUGUCUUCAGAGAUACCCUGUGGUGCUCGCUUCUCCCAGCUGCGCAGGUAUUGUCCAAGGACCAUGUGUUUAGGGAACAGGCAUUGUGUCGUGGGAAGGCCUGGUCCCAAGCUCCUUCACCCCAGUGGAGCUUCUGCUCCCUGGGUUUCUUGUUCUUGGGCAGCCUGAGACCAAUAGGGGCAGAGAGCUGGCAGUAUGUAUACGGAAGAUGCAGUGUUGUGACUUCAGGUGUCCUUUGAUUUGGAAUGGAUAAGGUAGGCCCUCAAAGAGGCAGCGGUCUCUGAAGAACAGGCUGGGGAGGGUGGCAGGGAAAGGUCCCCGGUUCACCCUUCAGAGCCUGUUGUCUCUGCAGCAACCCACUGUGGUCUCGGCUGCUGGGCAGUCAAGGACACUGGCUUCUUGCCUCUCCUGGGCUGGCUUGGACACUUGUCUCUGUGUCCAGGGUGGGUUGCCAGUCUCAUGAGGUCACUAGGUCAGGCUAAGGCUUGUGUGCGGGAGGGACUGGAGCCCAGCUCGUUUGUGUAUCACCUCCUUUGCUGUCCUUGUGAGGUUUCCCUGAUUUGACAUCCUUGACCAGCACUAGGGCCCAAGGCUAUUGGAGGGAAGUAGUAGCCUCCUGCAGGGAAGUGUUUUCCUCUGCCCUGGAGUCUCCCACCUGCCUGUCCACAACCGUGUGGGUGAGGCGGGCUAGGGAGAUUCUGGGUCCCAGGGCUGGGCUUCUGAGAAGGGCUGACUGGACCUCUCUGCCACUCCUCUCCUUCACCCUGACCUCGGGGUGGAGUGGGGAAAGUCUCGGUGUCCGAGCAAACGAGAGGGAGAGCAGGCUGAGGAAACCGUCGGGGUGAGCCUGGAGCUGAGUCCCCUUUGAUCUUGGUCUCUGGGCCUUCUUCGGCCCUCCUGGGGCAGGGGGCUGGCUACAGGUCAGCAUCCGGCCACCCUUAGAGGCAGUGAGUGCCUAGCCAGUCCUGCCUUAGGAACAGAGUGAGUGGUAAAUAAAGAUGUAGGCUUCUUUUGUGUGUCUUAGAUGCUUGCGCUUCCCCCUUUUCUUUCUACUGCCCUGCCUUUACUCUUAGCAGUUACAUAAAUGACCACAUACUCUGUACUUUGCUGUAAAUAAAGACUGAACAGAAAAGAACCCACUCUUGCCUUCUUUGUGGUGCUUGGGCCGGAGGAACAGUGGCUGAGGCCAGCGAGCUGAAGGGAAAGUAGCGCCUCCAGGCCUUCGCUGUGUGGAUACGGGCACCAGCCUGCUGUCACUAUGCCUCCCCUCCUGGGCUGCACCCAGGCCACCAUGUGUGCACUUGUGUGUUUCUGCUCUGCUUCUGAAGCCAGGUCGAGAUCCCUGGGAGGCUUCUCUUCUCCGGCUCUGGCCGGCUCUGCUCCCUCUGAGGUCAUCCGGUUUGUGCAGUCUCCUCCCUUCCUGUCCUCCCUUCCCCAUCACUUCCUCAACUUUCACAAUAAAAGCCAGAACAAAACCUUCUAAAUAAAGAAAACUUUAUUGGGGUUGGGUGGAGGAAAGUUGACAUUAGGACAAUGUGAACAACUUCAGGUUGAAUUCACAUACAUAUAUGUGUGUGUGAUUACCCUGAUGACUAUAUCCAUUUAGUGUAUAGUCAUACAUCAAUCAAAUGCAGAUAAUCAUCAUCUCUUGUUACUGAAAGAUCUAGGUCACCCACCACCGAGGAUUUGAAAAUAAUUAAAGUAAUUGGCUUUUGUGCUCCUUGUAGCACCCCGACUCUUCCCCCCCGGCCCCGCCUUUUCUCAGCUUCCCUUUCAUCCCUUCACCUGCUGCCUCCCAGGCACCCAAUGACCCUCAUUGAUGUGCGGAGUUGCCCUGCUAUUUCCAGCCACUUGUUCCAAGGACAGAGGCAAACCCUUCAAGGAAUUCAGAUCCAAAAGAACUUGGAUUUAAGAGGAAUCCAUCCUCAGAAGGCCGCUGUGUUUUCACAUAACACUUAGGUGUGUGUUAUCAAGCUCGAUUAUUACCUGCAGGCAGAUGAAGACGUGAGUCGUGGUUGUGCAAGCCGCUUUAGCUGCGAUCCAGUUUGCUCUGUGCGUUGCUCUCACAUUUCCCCUAUCUGUGGACCACGUCUGGAGUCCAAGCUUUGCUUGGGACUCUGUUCAUUUCUCAGAAUUCAGUUCUGCUUCCUUGUUGUAACUUGAGGCACAGUUGUGCAGGCCAGUGAAGCCCUUGAGCGAUUUGCUCUGCCUCCCACCCGCCUGUCGCAGCAUCCUUUGAGCCACUUUCCGCUCUGCAUCCUGGACUCACCCUUUUGACGGGUGAGUGCUGCUUGAAUCAAACCACGUCGGCUCAGACUGAAGGAAACCUGUUAGGACCUGCAUAAGAGUUUUAAAGACAAGAGGUGGAGAAGGAGACCUAGGAUGUGGGAAAGCUUUGAGAGGAUGGGACCGUAGGGAUUGAUUUCUUUCAUCAUCUGGUGCUGGGGGCUGUUUAGAUUUCUAUUUUAAAACAGAGUUUAAACACAUUUGCUAAAACCCAGAAUGAAGUUAACCUUCCUGCUAAAUCUUGGGCUAUACCUGCAUAUAUGCUUAUGUAUCUUUUCAGUUACACCAUGAACUAAAAUAACAAACUAGCCAACUGAAUCAAUUUGAAGCUAGGACUAAGGAUUUAUCUAGACAUAUCUCCUCAGAUGAACGGAUGGAGCUUACGGGUGGGAGAACAUGAAACUGUGCCUUACGCAAACUCAUUUUUCGCACGGUCCAAUCCAUGCUUGGCAUCCCCUUUUACAAUGAGGAUUUGCUGGGACUAGGUCAGUGGCGCCCGUGAUGCAGGGGAUGAAAAUGGCCUGGGGUUCACCAUGGUGUUAAGUGCUGACUGCCCUGGGCCAGGGGAAGCCAGCCUGGCCUCUGCCUUACAAGCUCAUGUGCUUCAUGGGGUUUUAUCUGACAAGCCCAGGAUGCUCUCACUAAGGGAAUUAGAGUUGAGGAUAUUUCCAGAUUCCUCUUUAUCAGUGAGCACCAUGUACUUUCUUUUCAGUUCUUGAAAUUUCCCAGUUUUCAUGAUAACACUCACAUCAGACUUUUCCAGCCUUCAAACAGUCCUGCAAAGUAUGUUAGGAAUGCGGUCCUGCUCCAGUUCUACCGAGGAAGCUAGGAAGUAGGACUGUGCUGUAGGAGGAGGCUGCCUGGUGCGUGUCUGCCAUCUAGUGGUGGAACUCAGUUCUCAACGGGGGUUGGGGGUUGCCUUGGGUUGUGGAACUAAUACUUUUGCUUGGCUAUCACGGUUUCUAAGAGAAUGGUCAGAGGGCCUAGAAGUCUAACUACUUCUGAUGUGAUUCUUUUUUUUUUUCCUGGAAGAUCUUUAUUAAAGCCUUCACUAAGGCAGGUAGGAGCAUCAGCUCCUACUUCUUAGUUUCUCUGUUGCUGCAGUCUACUCUAGUGGUUCCCCAAGCUGGCCAUCAUCAUCACCGGGGCUUGAUAAAGACACUACUGUGAUCCAUUCCUGAGAAUUCUGAUUCUGUAGGUCUAGGGAGAGGGUCUUUUAUAACAAACUACAGGUGAGUCAGAUGAAUAGGCAGAGUUGGAAACCCAGGACCUUGUGUAUUUAAUCGCGUAGACCGUUUAAAUCUGUGAUGUUCACAGCACUGGAGAGCCCAUUUCUCCUGAAAAUGUCAUCUGUGCUGUUUAAAGCCCUUCACUGCCUGCAUGGGGACUGGAAAGGGGCAUUAAACGCUGCUCAGAAGCUCAUUCAAGUCCAGCACUGCCUCUUAGGUUGUAAGACACCCUCCACCCCCCCAGCCCCCCCAAAAAACCGGCACCAGGAGACACUAAACUACGGCUGCAUGUCUGCCCUGGGAAAGUUCCUAGGAUGUCCUGGGAGCAGGGCAAGCUUUUAGAAGUCAUCUAGUCCACUGCCUUCAAGCAUGCUUUUAGUCAUGGAGCCCUUCGUGAAGUCUUCUUGAAGUCUCAAUGUGAAAAGCAGAAAAGCAGCUUCUCCCUUGAGAAUUCUCAGGGUUUUCUUUGAAGCCAUUGAAGUCAAAGCCCUUCAUUUUACAGAUGAGGAACCUAGGGCCCAGAGGCAAAACGACUGGGUCCGGAUCCUACUACCGACUGGGCUGUAGGUCUGCAGUGGACUUGAUUUCAGGGUUGGAAACAAAAGUCCCUCCUCCUGUAGUCCUUUAGAACUUCUCCAGGGCAGGCAUUGGUGGCAGAAGUUGGGGUGGACCACUGCCAUUGGACUGAUUCUUUUUUUUUGCGGUACGCGGGCCUCUCACUGCUGUGGCCUCUCCUGUUGCGGAGCACAGGCUCCGGACGCGCAGGCUCAGCGGCCAUGGCUCACGGGUCCAGCCGCUCCGCGGCAUGUGGGAUCCUCCCGGACCGGGGCACGAACCCGUGUCCCCUGCAUUGGCAGGCGGACUCUCAACCACUGCGCCACCAGGGAAGCCCUGGACUGACUCUUUUGGGCAGCUACAGGAAGAAGGACCUGGGUGGGUGGAAGGCAGGAGAAUGAAGAGAGAGAAUCGAACUUCUUUUAAAAAUUAUGUUUGGUUAGUUGGGGGUCAGCUGAGUUCUGUAAAAGGGAUUCCACCUUCUGCUCAAUGAUUUCACUGUUGUCUGGCUUCAAGUCAAAGGGAGACUUCAAGCCUGUUGGGGGAAAUCACUGUGGAGUUGACAGAUCUAGUUUCAAUGUUGACUCUUUCACAUAAUGGCUGUGUGGUCUUGUGCAGCCUGUACUCUAGGGAUAAGAACCCCUGCUUUGCUCAGUGUUGAAUGAGAGCUUGUACACAGGCAGGACUGCCUGGGUGUAAAGUGUCCAGGGAGUGGCAGCUGUCUUUAUACUCUUAGUAAUUGGGCUGCAGUGGGUGAGACUGAGUUCCUAGAAGGCUUUUUCUUAGUAGCUCAGGGCAUCUGGGAGAGGCUGGCUGGCUUGGGGAAUAAUUCCUAAACCAGAUUUCUCUGUAGCUACUGCUGGAGCCCUGCCCCAGGGCUAAUCUCAGAGUUGCCAGAGGAGGGUUUAGCAAAAGCACAAUAGGAUAUUUUGACGCAAAGACCAACCCAAUAGGUUCAAAGCUUUAGCCCGCCCCCAGGGCUAUGAGCAUCCCAGGCUGAAACCCACCCAUUUCUGGCCCUCUUGUUGACCCUGACACCUCCCACCGGUGUGAGGCUCAGAGAUGGGAGUUGGAUUCAGGGGUGGAAUAAGGAAGGAUAUCUGUUGUACAUAUCAUUUAGGUAUUUAAAAUGGAUCCAAAUACUUGAUGGUGUGCUUUUUAGGACCUCAAAAUGUUGACUAUCCAGAAGGCUUGGCACCAAAACAAAGGGGUCAGAUAUUAUGUUCUCUUGUUCUGUAGCUGAAGAGUCUGUCUGUGGGGCAAACAAGCUGAGGGGCGGCGCUGGGCAUCUCCAGUGGGACAGCCUACGUUAUCCUGGCAGCCCCUUCAGGGUUAGGGGUCCCCCCUGGUACUCCAGCCGAUGAAAGUGCCUUGUCUUUCUUGAUUAGGGUUUUCAGUCUUUUUUUGUGCCAUGGAACCCUCUAGCAGUCUAAGGACACCUGUCAGAAUAAUGUUUUUACACCUAUGAAAUAACAUCCAAAGAAAUUUAAGAAAAUAAAUUAUACUGAAACACAGUUACCAAAAUAUAAAAACAAAUCUGUGAUACGUGUGCUUCUUUAUUAACACAUCAAAUAACAAGAUUCAGUGGCCGGUCUAAUAACCACUACAUGGUAUCAUAGUGAUGAAACUAAAUCGUAUUUUGAAAUUCUGCGGCAACUGUAAGGUGUUAGGAACGUAACUCUGAUUUCUAUUGCUGACAAACAAGUCCAAGUACAACUAACAUUCAUUCCUGUGGUUUGUUUCCUACAUUCAUAACGGAAGGCAAGGCUAACAUGUCAAGUAGAGGCCAGUGAAAAUAAAGAUGUAAAUUUUAAAGAUCAUAGACCACCUGAAUUCUGCCCAAGGCUUCUGUCCUUAAUCCUCAGAUUAAGAAACACUGGUCUAGAUCCAAAUCUUCCGGGUCACCUGGUGACUAAGGUAGAUGAAUUUGUCUCCUUUUACUAUGUGUCUUGAGUGAGUCAGGACCCAGCCAUGGCACUGGGCUUCUUGUGUGACAGCUGUCUGGGUGCUGGCCAGUGGACACACAACAAGCAACCCCAAUGUAAUUGAAAAUGUUCUUGAAACCACACUUAAAAGAGUAAAAAGAAGGUGAAAUUAAUUUUAACAUUAUAUUUUAUUUAACCCAGUAUAUCCAAAAUACCGUUAUUUCAACAUGUAAUCUAUGUAAAAAUUACUCAUAUCUUGCAUUUUCUUUUUUUUGUACAAAGUCUUCGUUAUCUAGUGUCUAUCGCACACUCACAGCACAUCUUGAUUUGGACUGGGCACAUUUCAAGGGCUCAAUGGCUACAUGGCUAGUGGCUGCCUUAUUGGAUAGCGCAGGUCAGUACCGUUAGAAUUAUAUUGUGUUUGGGUCAGGCAAGGGCUCCCAUUAAAUACUAUCUUUUUACCAAAGUGGGUACUGGGGUCCAGAGAGAGGAAGUGACCUGCCCAAGGUCAUGGCUAGUUAACUAGAGAGCCAGGCCUUGGUUAGGCCUUUGUCUAGUGGGGUUUCUGCCUUCAUGUUACCCUUCAGGAAAGAUUACAUUUUUCCAGCCCUGGGUUCCAAAAGCCUUGGGUUUUUCAGGAGUGGCCUAAGUGUUGGGAGUGCCCCCUCUGAAAGCCCGUGAAGAGGGCUAGGAAAACAGCCAAAGAGAGAAAAUCCUGGAGGAGUGAAGGGCUCAAGGGGAAUUCGGUGAUGACAGAAGUGGAGGGUGACCUCACAGCAGGAAGAACAUAUGUUGGUUCAGCAAUGGAUGAGGAUGAAAUAACCAAUUCAGAGUGGAGGGAAAUAAAAAGAAAACUGUUGAAAAAGAAUAUAAGGCAAAAUCUUUGAGAUGAUAUUGAAUAGAUGGGGAACAUAAAAAAUCCAUUUAUCACACAGAGGUCCAGAGGAGAUGAUUAUGAAAUGGAAGGCAGAAAUGACUGGUAAUGAAAGGAGAAAAGGGGGAAAUCCCAGAAUCUUCUGUUUUUUUCCUAAAUACAGAUAAGGGAAGACACCAGGGAAUUGUCUUCACCGCAGCUCAGUCACUAGGUAGAGAUGCUGCAUGCUUGUCCACGGUACUGUCUGCUUGUGUAAAAAGUUGUCUUUCCUGCAUGGGGAGCUCCUUGAGAGCAUAGAGCAUGUCUGGCUACUCUUAGUAUCCCCACCCAAUGCUUGGCAUGGCUUAGUUCUGCCACAGAGCAGGUGUUUGACAAACUUUUGAAAAACAAAGGGGAAUAAAUGAAUGAGGGAGGAGAGCUCUGCAUGCAGUGCAAGAUGGGCACAGAGUCAGGGAACCUCAUCUGGUCUGAGCUUCCACUCUUUCCUUGGGAUGUUGGCAAGUCACAUCACCUCUCCUGCCAGGCCUCUCCAUCUGAGAAAUGAGAGACUCCUCUCUGCCCUCCUCAACUUAAUGGUUUAGUAGAUCAUGUGAAAGAACAGCUAUAACAUGAAUUAGAGCAAUAAAAGCUGUCAUACAAACAUAAAAUGUGUUAUUUAUUUUCAGUGGAAAAUGUGACUAGGCCAAAGUGGUAUUAAGAAAUGAUCAAGUUGGACUCGGACAAAUGUGUGGGUGAGGAAAAUAAGAUGUCUGUACAUAGCCAGAAAGGAGGUGAGAGCAGAUGAAAACAGCAAAGUGGAUUAAUGGAGUGAAAGCCUGUGUCAGCCACUCGGAGAGUGUGGCUUUGGGACAGUGUCCGUGAACCUGCAGGAAGCAUGAAGACAAUGUUUGUUUCUUUACCUCUGGUCAAAGUGUCAACCUGUCACAGGAUCUAACUUUCCCAAAGUCUGAGAAGUAGCUCCGCCAUACCAAGCAUCAUUGAAAGAGGCUCUGUCAGUUAGGAUUAGCUUCAGUUGCAUAUAACAACAAAACAAACUAAUGAAGCGCCCCAAAUAAUUGGCUUUAAGCAAGGUAGUUUAUUUUUCUCACAAAAGAAGUCUAGGGACUGGAGGUUCAAGGCAAAUAUGGUGGUUUCAUCAUGUUGUCAGGGACUCAGGCCUCUGUUUCUAUCAUCAGCACUUGGGUUAUAUUUUCAAGAUUACUUUGUGUUCCAAAAAGGCUGCUAGAGCUCCAGUCAACAGGUUUGCAUUCCAUACAGGAGGAAAAGAAAGACAUGGCUUAUUCUUGUUAAGAAAGACUUUUCAGAAGUACCACACACUUCUGCUGAUAUCUCAUUGGCCAGAACUUAGCCUAUGUCCGUAUCUGCGUGUAGGGAGAUAGAGAAAUGUGAUCUUUUAGCUGAGUCAUUCCUACUCUGCUUAAAAUAGAAAUAUGCAAAGAUAAUAUAAGCAGAAAAACCAAUCAAACAUGACAAGUUCUCAAUGAAUGAUAGCUGUUAAUGUAAUUUUUUGUUUUGUUUUUUAAAAAGGAGUUUUGAAGGUAUAAGUGACAUAAACUGCACAUACUUAAAGUUUACAGUUAGAUAAAAUUUGACAUGUAUAUAUUCAUGAAACCAUCAUCACAAUCAAGAUAGUAAAUAUAUCUGUCAUUCCCUGAAGUUUCCUCAUAAGCCUCCUUCCUCCUCUUCCCCAAGUAACUAUUGCUUGGCUUUCUCACUAUAGACUAUUUUGUAUUUUCUAGAAUUUUAUAUAAGUGGAGUCAUACACUAUGUACUCCUUUUUUUUGGUCUGACUUUUUCACUCAGCAUAAUUUUGAUAUGGAUCCAUGUUGUGUAUAUCAAAUUUUUGCCCUUUCUGUUUGUUUUCCUAUUGAAUUUUGAGAGUUCUUUAUAUAUUUUGAAUACACAUCCUUUUUAAAUAUGUGCUUUGCAAGUACAGUUGACCCUUGAACAACAUGGGUUUGAACUGUGCGGGUCCACUUAUCCAUGGAUUUUUUUCCCCCAUAAAUACAUAUUAAAGUAUUACAAGAUUCCCCAGUUGGUUUAAUCCACAGAUACAGAACACUGAUUGUGGAGGGCUGACUAUAAGGUAAUACAUGGGUUUUUGACUGCGUGGAGGGUUGGUGCCCCUAACCCUUGUGUUAUUCAAGGUCAAUUGUAUUUUCUCCUAUUCUGUGGUUUGUCUGUUCUAUGACGGUGUCAUUUCAAGAGCUAAUGUUUAAAAAUUUGAUGGUCUGAUUUAUCAAAAACUUUUUACUGAUCGCACUUUUGGAGUCAUAUCUAAGAAAUUUUUGCGUAAUCCAAUGUCACAAAAUUUUUCUCCUGGGUUGUCUUCUAGAAAUUUUACAGUUUUAGGUUUUACAUUUAAGUCUGUGAUCCAUUUUGAGUUAAUUUUUGUUUAUGGUGUGAGGUAUAGAUGGAAGUUCAUUAUUUUGCAUGAGACAUCCAUUUUUCAACAGCACCACUGUUGAAGACUCUCCUCCAUUGAAUUGUCUUUGUACCUUUGCAAAAACUCAGCUGUUCAUAUUUGUGUGUGUUUCUGGACUCUACUCCACUUAUCUAUUCGUCUAUUUGAUGUCAAUACCACAUUGUCUUGAUUACUAUAGCUUUAUAAUAAGUCUUGAAAUCAGGUAGUAUAAGCCCUUCAAUUUUGUUCUUUUUCAAAAUUGUUUUGGCUAUUCUAGGUCCUUUGCAUUUCUAUAUGAAUUUUAGAGUCAGCUUGUCAAUUUCCACAAAAUGUCCCGCUGGGACAUUAAUUGGGAUGGCGUUGGAGACUUAGAUUAGUUUGGGGAGAACUGACAUCUUAACAAUGUUGUGUUUUUUGACUGUCAACUCAAGUAAUCAAUAAACAAUCUAUGAUAGGAAUAGAAAAGAGUUUUAUUUGAGCCAAGCUGAGGACUAUAGCCUGGGAGACACAGAAUCAAGAAGCACUUGAAUUGUAUUCUGUGGACUACAAAAUGCGGGAGGCUUAUACAGGCAAAAACCACAAAGUUAUAUAAAUUGUUUGUCAAGACUUAGGAUUGGAGCUGGUAAGAAGUAAGGGUGCUUAUUAAGCAAGGAUUGAUUGGGAUCCGAAAUGGUCACAUUGUUACAAGAUUGCAGCUGGAAGUUGCUAGCAAAUACUAUUUUGAAAACAACUGGUGGCGUCCUUGAGUUUGAUAGAGUUCAGAAAAUUUAAGUUCUCAGUGAUGCAGGAACAUGUCUGAAACCACAUCCACAGUGGCCAUCUGGCUCCAUUUUGAAUGCUUGAACCAGAGUUACUCCAUUUUGAUUUUUAAAUGAUCUUCGACAUAUAAUCAUGACCUAUGAACAAGGUAUAUCUCUCCACUUAUUUUGCUCUUUGAUUUCUCUCAGCAAUACUUUGUAGUUUUCAGUUUACAGAUUUUGUACAUUUUUUAUCAGAUUUUUUCCUAUGUAUUUCAUAAUUUUUGGUGCUAUUGUAAAUAGUAUUUUUUAAAAUUCUAAUUUCCAAUUGCCUGUUGCUAGCAUAUAGAAAUACUAUGGAUUUUUGUAUACUGGUUUGUUAUCUUGCAACCUUGCUAAACUUACUUAUUAAUGUUAAUACUAUGUUUAGAGUAGUUUCAGGAGCGAGCAGAGAUAUAACAGUGGUUUAAUCUACCAUAUUUAAUGAAAAGUUCUUGAGAUUUCUGUAUUCAUUUUCAUCAUCUCUACAGGUUUGGAAAUUACACAUAUUUUUCUUCCUUUGGUGAUUAUCUUUUAAAAUUGACAGGCAUACUUGACUUGAAAAAAAUCUCUAAUCUCCUACCUAACAAUAUGAGCUUUAGAAAGUUUUAACUCUGAUCACGCAGUCCAGCUUACAUGUCAGCAUUACUGAGUUUUAUUUCUACCUCGCUUUUUAAAUUUUUAUUGAAAAAUUAAAUUUUUUUUACUUUUAAUAUUCAUGUAUUCAUUUUACUGAAGUAUAGUUGAGUUACAGUGUUUCAGGUGUGCAGCAAAGUGAUUCAGAUAUAUAUAUAUUCUUUUUCAGAUUCUUUUCCAUUGUAUUCACCUUGCUUUUAUAUGCCCUAAGUUAGUUAUCAUUUAUUGUUUUUAAAAAAUCUGUAUUGUUUUAUGCUGUCAGUGCUUGUUUUAUAUUUACCCAGAGUUUUAUAAUGCCUUUGUUCACUAUUUCAUUUUGCAUUGUUCUUCUUAGUUCCAGAUUCAUUUUUUUCUCUAAAGUACACUCUUUAAUGACACUUUUACAAAGGGUGUUAGUGGUAUGCUCUUUGUUGGAAACUGUCUAUUUUACUUUCACUUUUGAAAGAUAAUUUAGCUGUAUAUUUCCUCUCAACAUUUGGAACAUAUUUUUCUACUGUCUUUUUUUUUCAAAAAGACUUCUCUUUGUCUUUGAUGUUCUGCAAUUUGCCUUGAAGUGUUGAGACGUGGAUCUAUUUUUAUUUAUCCUUCUUGUGCUUCCUGACUGGCAAGAGCUACGUGUGUCAUAUAUUCUGGAAAGUUCAUAGCUAUUAUCUUUUCUAAUGUGCCUCCUCACCUUUAACCCUCUGGAUCUGUAGUUACAUGUA